AUGAUGCCGCUAAAUAAAGAUUUCCGCGCCACAUCCGCGCGGGGGUCCCGCAGCUCCCACGUGCGCGUGCGCAUACACGCGAUUUUAGCUUCUAUGGAGCCCGAAGCGAAGUCCAGUAUGCCGCUCCAGCUCCCCAGGAACCGCUGUGCGGUUUUCAUGAGGGAGAACCUCCUCACUCUCAUGACUGUCAUCGGUGUGUUGUCCGGGACGCUACUCGGAUGGGGUCUAAGGUCAUCAGGGUACGAGUGGUCCAAACGGGAGGUCAUGUACUUCCAAUUCCCGGGUGAACUCUUCCUGAGAAUGCUGAAGUGUCUAAUAGUACCCCUGCUGGUGUCCUCGAUCGUGUCGGCUAUCGGAUCCCUGGACUUAAGCCUCUCUGGCAAAGUGGGCUUGCGCGCGAUCAUUUACUACAUGACGACGACGGUGUGCGCCGUGAUGCUGGGCAUCGCGCUCGUCACCACCAUCAAGCCCGGCAAGGACCCUGAGGCCUACCAGCAACCGCAGCCGAACGCCACCAAGCUCAUCACCAAAGAAACUCUGACCUCUGACACAUUACUCGAUUUAAUUAGGAACGUAUUCCCAGAGAACAUAGCGCAGGCAACCAUAGCGUCCUACAGAACCAAACUGUCAUACGAUGAGAAGGACCCGACACAUAUUAAAGGACAGCUGGAAACUUACAAAAUCAAUUCUGACUACCCAAGCGGCAGUAACGUGUUGGGGCUGGUGUGCUUCAGCGUGGUGCUGGGCAUCACUCUCGGCAAGAUGGGUGAAAAAGGUCGCCCGCUGCAAAAUUUCUUUCACUCUUUUUCGGAGGCGAUGAUGAUCAUUACUGGAUGGGUCAUAUGGUUGUCCCCUCUCGGUGUGUUUUUCUUAGUAACAGCCAAGAUUAUGGAAAUAGAUUCGUUCAGCGAACUUGUAGGACGUCUCGGGUUGUACUUCAUGACGGUGCUGCUGGGACUGUUCUUGCACGGCUUCGGAACGCUAAGCAUAUUGUUCAUCCUGGCGACCAGGAAAUUGCCGUGUCGGUACAUCGCUAAGAUGGGACAAGUGAUGGCCACAGCGUUCGGUACCGCGUCCAGCUCAGCGACGAUGCCCAUAACGAUCGGGUGUUGCGACGAAAUGGGGCUGGACCCGCGCAUCACGCGGUUUGUCAUCCCCAUCGGCGCCACCAUCAACAUGGACGGCACAGCGCUCUACGAGGCGGUGGCGGCCAUCUUUAUUGCGCAGCUCAGGAAGGUCGAGAUGUCGUUCGGCAAGAUUGUCGCCGUCAGCGUGACGGCGACGGCGGCGAGCAUCGGUGCGGCGGGCAUCCCGCAAGCGGGGCUGGUCACCAUGGUGAUGGUGCUGGACACCGUCAACCUGCCUGCUGAGGAUGUUUCUAUCAUCCUCGCAGUUGAUUGGCUACUCGACCGAUUCCGAACGACGAUCAACGUGGUGUGCGACGCGUUGGGCGCCAUCAUAGUUUCGUCCCUCUCGCAGGGUGAUAUCGAGAAGAACCGCGCCGAGCACAACGAGCGCGAGCUCGCCAACACGCACGAACUCACCGAAGUCGAGAAAGGGGAACACUGA